AUGGACCUUCGCCAGGACCUUAUACUAUACAAGGACGGCUCCAUUGUGUCGCCUACGGUGUCCAAAGAGGGCGGCUAUCUAUCGGUAGUACGCCAUGCUCCGGGAACUUACCCUCUGUGGUUCAUUGCUACGCUAUUGAGUGUGGCGGCUACCAACACCGCUAAGGGGGUCAAUAACUCGCUCAAGCCACAACCCGGCGCUGGUGCUACGUUAGUAUCGUUUACCAAUAACCGUGAUUUCUAUGCGCUGGCGUUCAAACUGGUGGGCCCCCUCAAAUUUGAGUUUAUUGACUGUUUCAGCCACUUGUUUGAUAAACAGAUACCCGACCCGGAAAACGCUACCACACUGAUAGCCACUUUAUUCCAACAAAUCCAGAAACAGGCUAAAGGUGUACUUGUGAUUGAUGGUGUGGAAUUGCUUCAAAUGGCCACCAAUAUCCUGACGAUUAAGCUCACUUUCCACUUACAACUGCUUCUCAAGACCUGUAGUCAAGUGUGGGUGAUUACCAGUGACCCGCUGACUGCCACGGAAGAAUUAUACGAAAACUUACUUUGGCGAAGCCAUUUAGUGGUCCAUUUCAAGCCCCUUGAGACUGGUCGCGCUAAGGAUAUCACGGGGCUGAUGACGGUGACGCGUGGGCCGGUGCCGGCGCCGACCCCGGUGGCCGAGGAAGAGUGGAUCUACCACUUGACCGCCAAGGAGUUUAGGAUUAGUGUGAGAUAA